UUUGAGAACCUCUCAUCUAGAGUAUACACAUACCAUACAGAGGAGGACACACUUAUGAUGGUAAUUUAUCUUUUAUUACCUAUGUGAGCCUCGCUGAAGAAGUAGUUUAUUAGCAGAGAUUCUGAAGUACAUCACACACUGUCUUUCAUCUCUUCUCCUUUCCUAUUACACAUAGAACAUAGUGCAACAUAUAUAGUAGUUACAUCAAAACACUCCUAAAUGCCCAUAACAAAAGCCCCACACAGCCCACUCUACUUCCUAAAACACUCCAACACCAUCUCCACUGACCACAGGGUCUGGGCUCACCUGCAGAAUAUUACAAUAGAUAAAUCCCUGGUUGGUUUGUUAUUGUUACCUCAAAGCAAAACUUCCUCCCUUCCUGGGAAAGUGUGAAGUCCUAGUUCCUGGGUACAUGUUAUAUCUGUGGCAUUUGCAUAGCCAUAGGCUGUCUAUGUAAAUAGUCCAAGGUACUUCAGGAUCUGAGAGUCUAGCAUUGUCUGAGAGGCAGUAAGUGUCCAUUAUAUGCUUCCCAGCCCAUUCUCCAGAAAGCUCUGUACCAACAGCAUGAUGCUUUCUCUUCCAUUCAUUUUAUAUUUGUAUCUCUUGGCUCCAUGUUAUUGGGCUUUCAUAUGCCAGAACACGGGGCCUUCUUCUGAAUUCAGGAUGGAUGGGGAUUACACGAUUGCAGGAUUUUUCCGACUGCAUAGCUACUCAACAACAGAGAAGCCUAGACCGGAAGUUGACAUAUGUGACAGAGCGGCCUCUGUAGACAGCCAUGGCUACCACCUGUUGCAAGCCAUGAGAUUCGUCAUCGAGAAGAUAAACAACUCCAGCAGCCUCCUCCCCAAUGUCACUUUGGGCUACGAGAUCUACAACACAUGCUCAGAAUCUGCCAACAUGUACGCAACAUUGAGUAUCCUUACCCAGAGCAGACAGCACCAUGUGGAAGUGCUCAGCAACUUCACACACUACCAGCCCAAGGCUGUGCCUUUGAUAGGGCCAGAUAGCAGCCACUUUACCCUCAUCACCGCAGCUAUCCUGAGCAUCCUCCUUAUGCCAGAGAUUAGUUACGAAGCCUCCAACGAGGUGCUGAGCCUGAAGCAUGCCUACCCCUCAUUCCUGCACACCAUUUCCAGCGACAGGCUGCAGGUUGAGGCUGUAGUGCUGCUGCUGCAGGAGUUCCGGUGGAACUGGAUUGCGAUGGUGGACAGUGAUGAUGCCUUUGGCAAAGGGAUAAAGACCCUGCAAGCAGUGGUGGCUAAGAAUGACAUCUGUGCCACCUACCAAGGAAUCAUCCCCACGAAGGGGGGUGCCAGCAGCCCAGAGCUGAAGGAGAUGGUUAGAGUCCUUGCGAGGACCGGGGUCAACGUCACUGUCGUCUUCUCCAAUGUGGACAGCGCUAAAGACUUCUCUGACAUGGUGGUUCAGGAGAAUGUGACGGAGAAGGUGUAGCUGGGCACUGAGGCAUGGUCUCUAGCCUCGGCAGUCUGAAGCAUCCCCGGCAUCCACAGAAUCGGCACAGUGAUUGGGUUGUCAGUCAAGCAGGCAAAGCUUCCAGGAUUGGAGGAAUUUGAAUCUGCCCAUGUGAAUUCAGAGAAAAGUAACAUAGCCACGUGUGCCCCUGAUUUGGGUGCUGACGGGAGAGGUGGCGGGAGCAGCAGCAAUGAGAGCACCAGCCAAGGCUGCAAUCAGAUCUGCACAAGGUGCCACUCACUCACUUCAGCGCCCCAGACAUUUGACAUUUGGACCUCCUUUAAUGUGUAUUCGGCGGUGUUUGCUGUGGCCCACGGCUUGCAUCACUUGCUGGGUUGCUGCUCGGGAGCGUGCAGCAAGGACAAAGUCCAUCCCUGGCAGCUCCUGGAAAAAAUCAAGCAGGUGAAUUUCACUCUGCAGAAGAGCUAGGUGCAUUUUGAUGGCAGUGGGGAUCCCCUGACAGGCUACGACCUUGUCAUGUGGAAGUGGACAGGCCAGACCUGGUCUUUUGAUGUAAUUGGGUCUUUCCUCCAAAACCCAAACAGACUGAACAUUGGCCAGGCUGGACUCCUGUGGCAUACAAAGGAUAAUCAGGUGCCUGUGUCCACUUGCUCAAAGGUGUGCGUAAAAGGAGAGAAGAGGUUGCAGGUGGGGCUACACGAAUGCUGCUUUGACUGCGUGGCCUGCCCCACAGGAACCUUCGUGAACAGCAGUGACCUCUACAAUUGCCAGCCCUGUGGGACAGAUCAGUGGGCCCCAGUGAGGAGUGAAAUCUGCUUCAAUCAGACCACUGAAUUCUUGUCCUGGGCUGACCCCGUCUCCUGGGCCCUGCUGACUGGCAUCACACUGCUGCUGGCAGGGACAGCAGCCCUCUUUGCCCAGAACCUCACCACGCCAGUGGUCAAGUCGGCAGGCGGGAGAAUGUGCUUCCUCAUGCUGGGCACUCUGAUCUGUGCCUGCUGCAGCCUCUACUGCUACUUUGGGGAGCCCACCUGGCACACGUGCCUGCUGAGGCUGCCCGUCUUCUCCAUCAGCUUCACCAUUUGCCUCUCGUGCAUUGCAACCCGCCCCUUCCAGAUCCUCUGCAUCUUCAAAUUGGCCUCUAAGUGGCCUGCCUUCUAUAGAGCCUGGAUGAGGCACAAUGGACCAAACCUGUUCAUCGGAGCCUGCACUGCCGCCCAGGUGGUGAUGUGCCUGGUCUUACUCAGCACCAAUCCCUCAGUGCCCAGGAAGGACUACACGACGUUUAUGAUGCUGAUCAUCUUCCAGUGCUCGGAAGAUGACGCUGUAUGGGGUCUGCUCGGUAUCUGCUGCUUUGUCAUCAGCUACAUGGGGAAGGACCUGCCUGAGAACUACAAUGAGACCAAGUGCAUCACCUGCAGCCUGCUUAUCAACUUUGUUUGCUUCAUCGGCUUUCUCACCACCUAUGUCUUUUACCAGGGCAAGUACCCGGUGGCCAUCAUUGUGCUGUCCAACCUGACCACCCUCUCCGGGAUCUUUGGAGGCUACUUCCUCCUCAAAGGCUACAUCAUCCUCUUCCGAGCAGAGGUCAACACCACUGAGCACUUCCAGAUGUCAAUCCAGAGUUACACCACGAAGAGGAGCUUGGACUGAGCCCAUGGGCAGGGGAGCAGGGACACCUUGGGGUUUAUAUGGGGUGGGUGGGGGGAGGUCCCUCACAGCUAUUGAUCUGUGCUCUCAGCCUCCCAAUAUGGGGGAAGAGGGUGUGACAGAGAUCUGUGCAGGGGGCCUCUAGCGGGAGCUGGGGAUGAGAUGGGGGGGUGCAGAGGGGUGGAGUGAGAUGAGCUCAGGCCUGUGACUACUUGCCUCCAGUAACUGGUCCUGCUGGGCUGUGAGGUGAGAGUAGCUGUGUGGGAUUGGCGGGACAGGGAAGGGAUAAUGAGCAACAUGCCCUGCAGGGGGGCACAUGGGAGCACGCUGCCCACAUGGGGGCUGUGCUGUGGGAGGUGGCAGCAAGAACAGGACAGACUGGAGAGCCUCCACGUUGAGCAUGGGCAAAGCUGGGCUCAGGGCCCUGCCUCAAGCCCAGCCAGCCUGUGGGGUCAGGGACAACUCAGCUGCCAUGCUCUUCGUUUUCCCUGUGAGUGGAAGGCUGGCCCCGUGACAGAGCUGCCUGCAGGGGCCUGUGCCGGGCACGGAGGUGCUGACCCCACAGCCCGGGGGGAAGGAGUUUAGGGGCAGAGCAGCGAGAUCAGUCCAAGGCAGUAACACUUUGCUCUCCCCUUUCGCGGCUCCCCCACACCUCCAGCCCUCCAAGGGACAGUGCUUCCCAGCGUCCCAUCCACACGGGUCCUGCCACCAGCUCCAGGGCUGCACUUCGUGGCAGCACAAGACUGCUCCAUGAGCUAGUGCACAUCCUUAGCCUGGCUCCCACUGCUAUCCCCCGCAUGGCAUCCUCACAGCUGUAAGAUGGCAGCGCUGCAUGCAACCUGCCCGGUUCCAGCCUAAGUUGCAGAUCACAGACCUGGAGACAGCAGCGGGUCCCAGGGUCCAAGACCAGACUGCUGUAAGGUAUGGGGAAUGGAAUGGAAAAGAGGCACAAAAACAGAUGGCACAAGUCAUUCUACAGUACUCUGUCCUGGCUAUUAAACACCUAGCCCCAAGAGACAGAUCUGGGCUUCUCUUUUCUCCCUACUAAACAGAUGGAAUGCCUAGUGAGUGGGGCUGAGUGGGGAAUGGGAUCCCCAUGAGCCCAGCACCUCAGAACAGGAGGCUCUUGAUGAUUUGCUCAUGCCCCUGGAACUGAGUGGCCUGAUGGUCUCCCAGGCUAGUUACCCAAGAGACGUGAGAACGGCUUCCUGGGAGGCUCAGACCAUUGGCUUUGUAAGCUCAAGGUAAAAAGGGAGGGGCUGAGCACACUAGCCAGCCUAGGAUAAAAAUGCCCCUUUUCUCUCGGGUACUGAUGUGGGCAGAGAGUGGGGCUGGAAAUAUGCUGCUGCUUCUCAGCACCAGGACCCAGCACCCUCGCACAGGCUCAUUCACUCCCGUGGCCAUAUGGGACACGGAGCAGAGGUAACUUACAUAGUGGGCACUCAGAUCCAGUCCUCAUGCUCUUCUCCCCCUGCAUCUGAAGCCAUCUCACUGUGCCCUCAGCCCCUCCCUCUCACCUUCCCCACAAAGUUCCAACAUUCAGUACUAUUUUUGUCAGAUAAUUUUUAGUGUUAAACUGCUAUUAAAUAUAACACAGGAGAAAAAACACAAAUGUCUCUU